AUGGAUGCCAAGCAGACUCUACAGAGCAUAGUGGGGCUCCCAGGACUGAGGGACAAUGAGGUAGAGGGAAGGUUUCCCUCUUCAGCUGGACUUUUUGCUGCCUCAAGAAUUCAGUUGAUUGGACCAGACUCCCACUGCCCCUCCAUCCAAUGCUCCAUUGACCCACCUUCUUUCCAACAGAUCUCCUUUACAGAAAGGAGCUUGGAUAAGGAGGAAAAACCAUCAGAAGAAAAGAUAAGACACUCUUCUCAUUCAGUAAGAGCCCCGCGCAAGGCAAGAAUCAGAGUCCAGCUCAGAAGGGGAAACUCUAGGAAGAGAGAAAUCCAUUCCAUGGACAACUGCCAAAAUAGAGCAGGUGGCAUCUUGCUUUUUUGUUCCAAAGUGCAGAUAAGCAGGUUAUUUAUACAGAGCUUGAGGAGGAAAGGGGUUUCUCAGUGGCUCUCUCACUCACAUGCUUCCUCUUCAAGACACCAUCAACGACAUGAGCCAAAACUGCAAAAGGAUUGCUUGACUUUGGAAAAGAAACUAAAGGCCUCUGACACUGUACACAUCAGUGAUGAGGAGACCCAUGAUGCCUGCUGUGGAGGAUCCAGAGAGGCCCACACUAGGCACAGUGAGUGGCCCGGAUCUCAGUCUCAAGAGACCUCCCACUGCCACUUCAAAAGCCUGGCGACCUCUGUGCACACUCCAUCUGAAGCCAGUUAUCACAACACAGCCCAGCACCUGUCUGAGCUCAUCUGGCUCCAGGGGCCUCUGUGCUGGGUACAAACCUGUGCCAUGGCCACCCAGGUGGCCUAUGUCUUCCCUGCUGAGGGCUGGCUCAUCACAGUCACACUGCCUGGUCCCUAGGGUGGAGAAGCUGAGCUCUUCCUAGGAAGAAAAUGGGCCCGCCCCUUCCCUGGACAGGAGAUAAAGGAGCCUGUUGGUAGAUCAAAUGAGGCUUUAGCUGGGGUCACCCAGAUCCUAUUCAAUAGAGGACACAGCUGUGUGAGAGUGAGAAGAAAGACCUGCUACUUCUUAGGCAAUUUUAGACACACUGUGUUAAUACAUGACAAAACAGGGGCACUCUUGGGAAAGGAGUUUGAACAAUACCCUCAAAGUAGAAACUUUCAUUUAGGUCUAAAACUACUGAUAAAUUUUGUAUUUCAUGUUAGACAUUUGAUGUUUUUGGAUGUUUUAAGACAGUCACGCAUUUCUUUGUAAUCAAAAAUAUUAGGGUACAAUCAUUCAUAUGUGUUUGUGUAUUGCAAAGUAUAGCAAAAUAAAUAUAUAUGUAGAUCCUCCCCCUAUAAGUCAGAAAAGACUAGCUCUUUACUCUCCCACCCUGAGUCAAUAAAGGACUG